UGAAAUUAUAGACUAUCACGUCUGUUGGGACCUGGCAACACUGACCGAUUUACGCCUGGAAUUUCACUAAUCCUCUCAUACAUCCUAGUUUUAGAUGGCUAUAAAGCAACAAUAAAAUAAUCAGCAGGCUGAUGAAUUGCUGCAUGGUGUUGGAUGUAAUUCAUCAUCCCCCCCCCCCCCACCAAGGCCAGCACAAGGUCAAAUCGGCUCGACACCGGCAUCUCCAUCAUUCUAUUUGACCAACCGGUGGACAGACGAGGGACUCCUUGCUCUUCCGGACAGAGUUGAAAAUGUGGACAUCAGGAUGGAUAAUUGAUGCAGAGUAUAUCAUAUCAGGCUAGAGAGAGCUAACUGGCUUGUUUAAAGUAUACUUCUCCCUAUGGUCCCUUGCUAGUUAGACCAACAUGGGUUUGUGCUUCUCACUAUGUAAAGAUGAUGAGGAAAUAGGGGACAUUCAAAGGACUACUGAAGAUAACAGGUUAGCUAGAGAUGGCCAGAUAGCUGAAGAAGACAAGACAGCUAAAUAUAGACAAAUCACUGAAGGUGACCGGAUGGCCAUAGAUGAAGAGACAACUAAAGAGGACCAGAAAGUUUCAGUAGACCAGUUAGCAAGAGAUGACCAGGUAGUUGUAGAAGAUGAGAUAGGUCAAGGAGAUGACGUGGCAGGACAUGACGCGAAAGCAGAGGAUAAAAUGAUAAAUGAAGAAGAAUACAUUUCAGAACUUUGCAGAAAAUAUUCUGCAGACAGACCAAUACCUGAAGAGGAAGCGGAACUCUUCCUCAAAGAGUUGACCUUUCCUAUACCAACCAAACCUCAUCUCACCCUGAGCGAAGAUGAUGUUGCUGGCAAGAGAAUCUUCGUGAUUGGUGAUGUUCACGGUUGCUAUGAUAACCUCCUAACUCUCCUGCACGUUGCUGAUAUUGACAAGAACCCCAAUGCGCUGCUGAUUUUUGUCGGAGACAUCAUCAACAAAGGUCCCAAGAGUUUGGAGGUUCUCAAUUUCGUCCGCUCGUCAAACUCUUACUCCGUCAUGGGAAACCACGAACGAGCUGCAGUCAGGAAACUGCGUCUCAUAAAGAUGAAUGUUGGAUACGAGCCAAAGGCCUCCAAGCAGUGGCUGCAUGACUUGAAUGGAAGUGAUUAUGAGUACUUGCAGGAGCUGCCCUACACCAUCAGUAUACCUAGUCUCAAUGCCGUCAUCGUCCAUGGAGGACUCCUGCCAGGUAAACCCUUGGAGGAACACACCCAAGACGAGAUGCUCCUGAUGAGGAACAUCAUCGUGGAAGGCAACGAGCUGAAAGCUACCAAGCACAUCAGCCAAGGGCAGCUCUGGGGUGAGCUCUGGAAAGGUCCUCGGCAUGUCUACUUUGGUCACCAUGCCCUAGAGGGACUACAGAGGUACCCUUACGCAACGGGUCUAGACACGGGAUGCGUGUACCACGGAUCACUCACAGGGGUGUUCCUUACUGGAGAUAAGAAGUUGGUGUCCGUCAAAAACGAGGGCUGCAGAAAUAAGGAAGUGAUCCAAUCUGAAGAAGGAGAUCCAGGUGCAGCGAUGUAGUCUAGACCAAUCUCGGGUUUGUGCCAUUUCAUUUAGGUCUUGGCCUCCACAUUGAGGCACAUCCCUUGAAGGUUCUGUUUUAUGUGUUUGAAUGAUAAAUA